ACAAAAACGUUGGGGGCACGGUGGCAAUGACCCAGGACUCUGAGAAAUGUGCUCCAACUUCUUAUCUGCGCCAAAAUAUCCUAUAUUCUAAUCUAAUCUCCCCCUUCUGGUGCUAGCAAACCCUAGAUCGGAUCAUGUCUGGGUUCUACGGUCAAGACGGCGGUGGCUCUGCGCCUCCGCCAUAUGGAGCUAACGGUGGGUAUGGUGCCUCUGGAGGAGGAGGCAGCUCUGGUGGUGGAUACGGCGAGGAUGAUGGUGGGGUUUAUGGUGGAAAGGGUAACGCUGGUGGUGGAUACGGCGGUAGCGAGGGCGGAAAUUAUGGAGGAAAGACUGGAUUUGGAGGAAAUGAUGGCGGAGGUUAUGGAGGGAGGGGAAGUGGUGGUGGACAAGGUGGUCGAGGGAAUGGGGGUUAUGGUGGAGGAGCUGGAGGAUACGGUGGUCGAGGUGGUGGUGGUGGAUAUCAAGGCGGAGAUCGCGGGGGACGGGGAGGAGGCCGAGGUGGACGCGGUGGAAGCGGUAGAGAAGGAGAUUGGCGAUGCCCGAACCCAAGUUGUGGUAAUUUGAACUUUGCGAGAAGGGUUGAAUGUAACAAAUGCGGUGCACCAUCUCCUUCUGGUGCUAAUGAUCGAGGUGGCAGUGGUGGUUAUGAUAGGGGAGGUAGAAGCGGGGGUGGGGGAUAUGGCAAUAAUAGAGGCGGUAGAUCUGGUAAUUUUGAAGGGGGAAGAGGUAACGACUAUAACAGCAGUAGGAAUUAUAACAAUGAUGGUAGAGGAGGCAAUAGGGGUGGUUCUUUUAGUGGUAACCAAGCCAGAGAAGAUGGUGGAUUUGCUCAAGGUCGUCAUCCCACAGCCCAGUCGUACAGUGGCGCUGGUGGAAACUACCCACCCACAUAUGAUUCUUAUGGUGGGAAUGCAAAUUAUGGAUCUGAUGCAAUUCCUCCAGCUACAAGCUAUACUGGCGGACCUGCAUCAGGCCCUCCAUCUUAUGGGGGCAACACAGGUGGGUAUGAUGGUGGUCCUGGUCCUGUUAGUCAAGGUGGAUUUGGUGGAGCUCCUCCUGAACCCCCGGCUAAAGUGAAGCAAUGUGAUGAAAAUUGUGGGGAUUCUUGUGACAAUGCUAGAAUCUACAUAUCAAACUUACCACCUGAUGUGACUACUGAAGAAUUGAGGGACCUUUUUGGAGGCAUUGGACAAGUUGGAAGAAUAAAGCAGAAGAGGGGUUAUAAAGAUCAGUGGCCUUGGAACAUAAAAAUAUACACAGAUGAAAAUGGAAACAACAAGGGUGAUGCUUGUCUCGCCUAUGAAGAUCCCUCUGCUGCUCAUGCUGCUGGCGGUUUUUACAAUAAUUUUGAUUUAAGGGGCUACAAAAUAAGUGUUACAAUGGCAGAGAAAUCCGCACCAAGGGCUCCUCCUGCAUACGGUCAUGGGGGCAAUAGGGGUGGCUAUGGAGGAGAUAGACGCAGAGAUAAUAGAGAUGGAGGUAAUUCUGGGCCUGAUAGACGUGAUCACUAUGCUGGGAACCGUUCGCGUCCAUACUGAGCCUCAACAUUGAGCAUUUUAUGUACUAUGAAUUGUGGUCUGAGGGAUUUAGUAUAUUCAGUUGGCUGGUUUCUUGAAUUAGAAGCAAAGAGGUAGGUUGUUCACUUACUUUGAGCAGGACCUCUUCACUCCUUUUUGUUACGAUUGUUACUGGCUGGUGGGUUCUUUUAGGCAGGGUUUAAUUUGAUCAUGUGAAUGUUUUUCUAGAGGCAAGUGGAUAGUCUCCAAAUUGCUUGCUGCUAAGGUAGGUUGAUUAUUUCAGGUGAGUGCUACUUCCAUGAAAAUGCGCUUUAUAAUUUGACUGGAAUUUAAGCCACAUGUCAUUAUGUGGGCCUGUGCUUGCUUUCAUUUCUCAUCCCAUGUGGCAUCUGAUGCAAGCAGAUGAUGGCUUUAUAGAAUGUUUGUGUCAGUUGUAGUUUAAUGGAUCAAUAAAUCCCAGUUAGGGUUUUCCUGAGUGUUAAUUUUUUUCAUUGGAAAAUAAGUGGCCGACUAUUCAUUUUAA